AUGGGAAGUGAGAAGGCGGUGGAGACAGUGGUUGCAGGGAAUUACAUGGAGAUGGAGAGUGAAGGGAAGCCCAAGGCUAUGAAGACAAGGAUAUCAGAGCUCUUCUGGCAUGGUGGCUCAGUUUAUGAUGCUUGGUUUAGCUGUUCUUCCAAUCAGGUGGCUCAAGUGUUGCUGACAUUGCCAUACUCAUUUUCUCAGCUUGGGAUGUUUUCUGGUGUAAUGUUUCAGCUAUUCUAUGGGUUGAUGGGUAGUUGGACAGCCUAUCUCAUUAGCAUUCUCUAUAUAGAGUACAGAACCAGAAAAGAAAGAGAGAAAGUUGAUUUCAGAGACCAUGUCAUUCAGUGGUUUGAAGUUCUUGAUGGGCUGCUGGGAAAACACUGGAGGAAUGUGGGUUUGGCAUUCAACUGCACUUUUCUUCUGUUUGGAUCUGUGAUUCAACUCAUAGCUUGUGCAAGUAACAUAUAUUACAUAAAUGAUAAUUUGGACAAGAGAACUUGGACAUACAUAUUCGGUGCAUGCUGUGCCACCACUGUCUUCAUUCCUUCAUUUCGCAACUACCGAAUCUGGUCUUUCCUUGGCUUGUUAAUGACCACUUGGACUGCUUGGUACCUCACCAUUGCCUCUCUCCUCCAUGGACAGGUGGAGGGUGUGAAACAUUCAGGACCAUCCAAGCUAGUACUCUACUUCACAGGGGCCACAAACAUUCUCUAUACAUUCGGAGGACAUGCCGUAACUGUAGAGAUAAUGCAUGCAAUGUGGAAGCCACAAAAGUUCAAGGCAAUAUAUUUGUUGGCUACCCUGUAUGUGCUCACACUGACGCUACCGUCCGCAGCAGCAGUCUAUUGGGCAUUUGGAGACAUGCUUCUCAAUCACUCCAAUGCCUUUGCUCUCCUCCCUAGAACUCCCUUCAGAGACAUGGCUGUCAUUCUCAUGCUCAUCCAUCAGUUUAUUACAUUUGGGUUUGCAUGCACGCCCUUAUAUUUUGUGUGGGAGAAGGCAAUAGGAAUGCACGAUUGCAAGAGCAUGUGUAAGCGUGCGGCAGCGAGAUUGCCUGUGGUCAUCCCCAUAUGGUUCUUGGCCAUCGUCUUCCCAUUCUUCGGUCCCAUCAACUCUACCGUUGGAUCACUUCUCGUAAGCUUCACAGUCUACAUCAUCCCUGCUCUCGCCCACAUGAUCACCUUCAAAUCAGCUGCAGCCCGCGAGAACGCAGUCGAGCAACCGCCAAAGUACUUGGGAAGGUGGGUCGGAGCGUAUACGAUCAAUGUAUUUGUGGUUGUGUGGGUCCUUGUGGUUGGGUUUGGAUUUGGUGGGUGGGCGAGUAUGAUAAAUUUUAUACACCAAAUUGACACAUUUGGACUUUUCACCAAGUGCUACCAAUGCCCUCCUCCUCAACUCCCAUCACCACCACCACACUUCAACUCGUCUGUCAUCGCUCCUUCGCCAUCAAACUUGCACCACCGCCUUCACAACCCAUGAGCUGUUGACCCUAAUUUUUCGCUCCAUUGCAUCUCUAGAUCCAAAUCGAAGAAAGAGAAGAAGAAUAGUGUCAUACAAGCCCCAUGGAUGUGUUAGCCAAUAUUAAUUCCCACCCAUCAAAAACAUUGUUUGGGUUAGACCUCUGUUUGUUUCAAAAAAUGCAGUAUGCCACAUUUGAAAUUUUGUACUUCAAUUACUAAGAUGGUUAAUGCUUAAAUUUUGCUCGAUUGAUUUCCUCUCCCUAA